CUUAAAAUAGUCGACUUGAAAGCGUGUGUAUGAGUACAACACACUUGGACAACCGCAAUUAAUUAAGAUAAUGAUUGAAAGUACAUAAAAAACGGUUGGUGUUGUAUGAAGUGAAGUGUACCAGCGCAAAAAUAAUUUUGACCCGCUUUAAUAAUUGCGUGAGGAUUUUGAGUUAUAUGCAAACAAUUACCGUUGUUUCCCGUGUACCUUUUAACGAUGGGAUUUUUCCACGCGAUGUGUAAUUCAGAUGCUCGAUUAGACACUAAAACGGUCAUUGUGACCGGAUCAAACGCGGGAAUUGGGAAAUGUACCGUAGAGGAUUUCUACAAACGAGGUGCGCGUGUCAUCAUGGCCUGUCGCAAUCGGUCCAAGGCAGAGAAAUCAAGAGACGACAUUAUUCAAAACUGUCACGAUGCUGGGAAAAAUUUAGGCGAGAUCGCUAUUGUCGAACUUGACCUUACAAGUUUUAGAUCUAUUAAAGAAUGCGCGAAAAAACUUGCGGCUGAAGAGCAACGCAUAAACAUAUUAGUUAAUAAUGCAGGUAUAAUGUUUAAUCCGGAAGGAAGGACCGAGGACGGUUAUGAACUGCAGUUUGGGACAAAUUAUUUGGGCCACUACCUGUUCACUUUACUGUUGCUGCCCAAACUUAUUGAAAGUGCACCGGCUCGAAUAUUAAAUGUGUCUUCAUUUGUUCACAUGCUCCAUUGGGGCCGCCUCACCCUCGACGAUCUAAAUUGGAAAAAACGUAGAUACAACCCAACGCAGUCCUACUAUCAAAGUAAAGUAUGCAACAUUCUCUUCACAAAGGAACUGGCACGAAGGCUGAAAGAUGCCAAUAUUGAGGGCGUGACAGUGUACAGUUUACAUCCGGGAAUAAUUAACACCGAACUUACGCAACAUUUUGAUUCGGCUUAUUUUAGUGGAUUUCGGUGGUUAUUUAGUAAUAUUGGGGGACUGUUUUUUAAGUCAGCAACACAGGGUGCCCAAACAACCAUCCAUUGCGCGGUGGACGAAAACGCCGGAAAAGAGAACGGACUUUAUUAUGCUGAGUGUGCUCCAAAAAAACCCAGUUGGCAAGCGAAUAACAUGGAGGAUGCAAAAUCGUUAUGGGAUAUAAGUUGGAAAAUGGUUGAUCUUCCAGAUGAUUACAAUAUAUUCCGUGGUGCUGAAGAUGUGCAAACAUAAUUUAAUGUAAUCACUACCUACUUUAAUUGUUAUUAUCUCAUGUUACCUUUACUUUAUAAUAUUACUAUUUUUAUUUUAA